AUGAGAGCAGAAGGUUCCGUCUUCUCGACUCCUCUCUUCUUCCCGUCCGGCGCACGAGUCCACAUCCCGUUUAUCUCAUCUCCCCAUUUGUUCUUUGGUCGAGAAGAAAUUCAGCCCUUCCGAACUGUCACCCUCUCUCCUGACGAACACAGGUUCUUCUCCUCACCGGUCGACGGUUACCGUGUUGCUCGGCCACCAUCCUCCGUCAAUUUCGACGAUUUACUAUUAGGGCAGAUUGCGGAGACUAUCACGGCUCGCCUCCUACAUCUAUGGGGCCACGGCGAUUCACUCGAAAACGGGUUCGUCAUGCUUCUGCUUGAUCAGAAGAGAAGAAGAGAAAAGGAGAGGAAGCAAAAGAAAGUGGCGUCUUCUUCUCUCCAAUAA